AUGCAGAUGCACCGAAUGAACUGUGUUUUGAUGUCAGUACUGCUGAUGCUCGCUGAUGGUUUGAUUGUAAAAGGCCCCUCUGGUCCUCUGGUUGCUCCUCUGGGAUCUUCAGUGGUUUUGCCCUGUUCUGUUGAUGAACUUUUAUCAGUGAAGGGUCUGGAGGUGGAAUGGAGAAGAACAGACUCUGAGACUUUAGUUCAUCUGUAUCAGGACGGUGAGAGUCAAGCAGAAUCCCAGCAGCAGGAUUAUCAGGAUAGAGCUCAUUUCUUCACUGAUCAGAUCCAACAUGGAAACUUCUCCCUCCGGCUGGACAAUCUGAGAGCUGAAGACGAGGGACAGUAUAAAUGUAAAGUUUACAUUCAGCAAGAGUCUGGUGAGACUGUGGUUCAAAUAAAAGAUGUUGAACGUUUGCUAGUAUCAGGAUCAGAUCAGCACAUAUCUGCGUCUGUGGGUGAAGACAUCACUCUGAGCUGCUCUGUAGACUCUCACAUCCCAACUGAACACAUUGAAGAGGUUUCGUGGAAGAAAACCGAUAAAAACAAAAAUAUCCUGGUUCUGGUCUUCCAAAACAAUGAGAUUUUGCCAGAUUCAUCAGAUGAGCAAUACAGAGACAGAGUUGAGCUCUUCUCUGCUGAAAUCCCCAAAGGAAACUUCUCUCUCAGACUGAAGAGUGUCAGAACUGAGGAUAAAGGAGUAUACAUGUGUCAGGUGUUUGCUGGAGGACUUUCAGCCAAUGCAACUGUAGAACUGGAGAGACUGGGUUUCUCUGCUUCACACAUAAUGAUGCUGAUUCUCUGUAUUUCUGCGUCUGGAUCUGCACUCCUGCUCUUCUGUCUGAUCUACUGCAGAUCAUCUACUAAAGACACAGUCUUCCAUCUUCAGAUGUUUCUUGUUUUCUGUCCAAAUAUUCUGAUGUUUCUUGCUUAUGUCUUCUGGGCUGUUUCUGAAGGGUCUCUGUUUGAGGCAGUCUCUUGUGCUCUUUUUUUUCUGAGGCCUCUCAUGUUGCUCUGGGCGGCUCCAUAUUUUAAUGACUUUAAAGACAAUAUUAAAUCAUGGAUUGGAAAUUACAGUCAUGAGGCAGAAUAUGUUUUUUUCUCAGCUGUUUUUUAUUCAGUUCUGUUUAAAUCUGCCUUGGACAAAAGUCUGAAUUAUGCUGGAUUUAAAGGUGUCAUGAUUAUAGUCCUCUUUGUGAUCGUGCUUAUGUUCAUCCUCUUCUAUAUCAUUUUCUUGUUGAUGACAUUCACCGGGAAAUUAAGUAAGUGGAUCAUCACUAUAUUCAGGAUCCUGGCUAGAAUAAGCUUUGAUGUUUUGCCUUCACUACAAUUCAUUCUCCUGUUCUUUGCCUUUGGCUCGGCCGGAGGAGCAUUCUUCAUUGUUGCAGUUUUACCAGUGUUUCUCACAGUGACGAGAUACGAUUGGGAUGUGCUAUGUGGUCAAAAAAUGGGCUGUUCACCUGCGGUCAGGAGAUCAGUGUGGUUAACUUUCAUGUUACUGGUCAAUGCUGUAAUGGUCUAUUUCUACAUCAUAGCUCUGGAAAAUGAAAAGGAUGGUGUCGGAUGGGCCUGUAUGAUUGCAUUUCUCCAGUUAUUCUGGGCAUUGUGGAACUUUGCACGCUCAUUUCGAUCAUGGGCUCUUGCUCGUGUUGUAGCUGUGUAUGUGUUUGGAUCAGUCGGUGUUGUGUUACUGAACUCUGUUGCUCUGAUGACUGAACUGAUCUUCAAAACAGUUAAUGGUGAAGGAGUGAUGGGAGACAUGAGAAUCGUGGUCUUCUCCUCUGAAUUCCUCUUCACUUUAUUUCUGAUGGUUUUAAUGGUAUUUGAACCCUGGAUCACACCAUGUCUGCAGUCAUGUCAGAAGGCAAUGAAGUCUUGUCGAGCUGCAGAUGCUGGAUCACACAAUCAGGAAUCUCAGAAUGCAACAGCAGAUUCAGCCACUGGAUCGAACCAGAACCAGAACCAGAACCAGAGCCAGAACCAGAACCCAGCAGAGUCACAUGAGAUGAAUCCUCUACUGAACACACAAAACCAGGAGAACAGCAGGAGCGACGGGACGGAGGAAGCUCAGCCGGAUUCAGUGGUUUCACAAUCAUAAUCCACAG